UCCUUCAAGAACUACGCCGAUGACAGCGAGCUCCCGUGUGUUUUGGCGGCCGCUGGAACAUUUCCGCCGGUGUUAUCUACAACUUUGUAUGAAGCACCAUCGUCAUCGACAGGGGCAAAGUUUUCCUGCACCGCCCCUUUCGUCGUCGUACUCAGUGGGCGAGACAGCACUGCAACGAUGCGGCCACGGCUAAACCAGCUCUUGUUUGCUAUCCAGGUCCUUGCAUCCUGGACUGUGUGGCCCGUCAACGAAUGCGGGGAAUCAUCAUGUGACAGUCAUCGCAUUUUCAACGCAACGUCCUUCAAGAACUACGCCGAUGACAGCGAGCUCCCGUGUGUUUUGGCGGCCGCUGGAACAUUUCCGCCGGUGUUAUCUACAACUUUGUAUGAAGCACCAUCGUCAUCGACAGGGGCAAAGUUUUCCUGCACCGCCCCUUUCGUCGUCGUACUCAGUGGGCGAGACAGCACUGCAACGAUGCGGCCACGGCUAAACCAGCUCUUGUUUGCUAUCCAGGUUGGUAAAACUCCUUCCUUUACUAGUGUGAAAAGCAAUUAUGUCUGUCUUGUAGUGCUGCCUCGCCCAGGAGCUUUAUUGGAGUGUGUUGCCGCCUGUUUUGAUUCACUCUGCUUCCUCGUUCUUCUUUUGAGCGGGGAUGUGGAACUCAACCCUGGCCCGCUGACGGAAGUUCAGUUGGCAGCGAUUCUUGAUGGCCAGAGGACGCUAAACAACAGCAUAUCAGAAAUUAAAAGUAAACUUGACGAACACAUUAGACAAACAGAAUCAAGGCUAUCCUCAAUAGAAACUAAAGUUGAGUGUCUCUCAAAAUUAGAGCCUGACCUUAAGAGAUGCGAGAAUUAUGUCCAGCAUUUAGGAAGAAACGUCACUGCAAUGGCUGCAAGGGUUGACGCCCUUGAAAACCGGAGCCGGCAUAACAACCUCAUUAUUUACGGUGUGGCGGAAGACUCUACUGAAUCACCCGUUUCGUUGAACCAGAAAGUGGUUACCGAAAUUUUUGACAAGAAGCUAGGCGUGAAGGUAUCAACGAUAGAAAAAAUACACAGGCUCGGAAGGCAUCUGGACAAUAAAACACGACCAAUAUUAAUACGCUUUUCUUCUCUAGACGAAAAAGCUGCACUUUUGAAGAACGCGUUUAAAUUAAAGGGUACAACGGUGUCUCUGUCGAACGACUACUCAAUAGAAGUAAGAGAAAAGCGCCGCCAUCUUUGGACAUACGCAAAAGCUAGAAGGGAAGAAGGUAUCAGCAAAGUAAAUCUAACGAACGAUAAGCUUGUAAUUAAUGGGAAAAUGUUUACUUGGAACAGUGAAAGAGAGGAGGUUGUACCUGUGCAACGUAACUGACGUCAAACGAAUUCAAAGAAAGCGGUGCAAAAGGAUAUCACUGUGAUGGUCGUGAAUUGCAGAAGCGUAAAAAAUAAAGUAGAAGAAUUAUCGGGUUUAAUCCUAUCUGUUCAAGCCGAUAUCAUUCUCGGCACUGAAUCAUGGCUUGACGACUCUAUCUUAGAUCAUGAAGUAUUCCCUAGAUGCUUUAACGUCUACAGAAAGGAUAGGUCGUUACACGGGGGAGGGGUUUUUCUGUUGGUUAACAAUAAUUUGCAAAGCCACCAACUCGAUCUAGCUGAAAACAUAGAAUCCGUAUGGUGUCGGGUCAGGCUGCCCAAUAACCUAUGUUUUACCGUAGGAGUUUUCUACAGGCCUCCAAAUUCUGAUUCUACUUGUAUAGACACCCUAAACGAAAUAGUUUCUAGUGUUACCAAUGAAUGUGUGGUACUUGGUGGCGAUUUUAAUCUGCCAGACUUGACAUGGAGCGAUGACGGGUGUGCCUGUAAAACAAUGACUCGACUUAAUAUUGAUAUGAAGUGCAUGGUUGAUAGUCUAGGUUUUACCCAGCAUGUACUUGUACCUACGCGCGGACACAACAUACUCGACUUGUUGUUGUGCAAUCAUCCCGACAUUGUUAAACGAAUCGAUGUCAUACCGAGCAUAAGC